GCCUUGUUCUCUCUUCUCUCUCCGAGAGGGGAGGGGGCGGGAGGAGUGAGCGGCUCCUCAAAAGGGCGAGGCGGAGGUGGGGAGAACCACCCACCUACCCUUCUCAGCCUGUCCCGGACAACGUGUGCCUUCCUUCAUGAGGUGGAGCCUGCUUGAUUGACAACUCUUGGAUCAAGGAAGUACAGUUGGGAAAGAAACUUCUCCAUCACCUCCUUCCUAAGCCAGGAGCUAAGACACUUUCCUUUGUCCAUGGCUGACCCCAUCAUGGACCUCUUCGACGAUCCUAACCUCUUUGGCUUGGACUCAUUGACUGAUGAGAGCUUUAACCAGGGCGCUCCAGACUCCAUUGAAGAGGCCUUGGGGCUUUCAGGGGCCACCCUAGACUCCUUAGCGGGAGGCUCCAAAGACCAGCAGGUUACCCCUCAGCCGGAGCCCUCCCAACCAGAGACCCUGCCACUCCCCGAUAUGCGACCAGAGUCUGUGAUUGAGCCGCCCCAGCAAGAUCAGCCAGGCCUUCUACAGGUCCCUCAGGAUCAAGAGGUUCUCAGCCAAGGCAACCCGUUCAUGGGAGUCUCGUUGGCCACAACCACUUCAAUGGUUUCACCCUCUUCUUCUGCCAGGGACCAGCAAGCCACCGUGCCCCCUCCGGCCCCCAAGAUCGUCAUCCUGAAAGCCCCCGCUGGAAGCUCCAUGACUGGUGCUCACGUUGCCCAGAUCCAAGCUCAGCCCAUUGCGGCAGCCAAUGGGGGCAAAGUGACCUUCGCCAAGGUCCUGACGGGAACCCCUUUGCGUUCUGGGGUCUCCAUCAUCUCAGGCAAUGCAGUGCUGGCCACCAAAGUGUCCUCUGGAGCCGGGGCACCCGCUACACUCCACCGGCUGGUGCAACCUGGACAUCCCGUCAAGCAGCUCGUCCUGCAGCCCAUGAAGAGCCAAGCGGGAGGGAACAUGGGGGCUGCUCCACUCAAACCUGCCGUGACCCUGACCUCGACUCCAGCUCAGGUGAGCACACAGUUCUUCCAGGGCGAGUCCAAACGCAUCACUUUGGUUCUCCAGCAACCCCCGACUGGCGGAAAUGCCCUGGGACAGCGGAAAGUUGUUUUGGGCAGCUUGCCUGGCAAGAUUGUCCUUCAAGGGAAUCAGCUGGCCGCCCUAAGCCAGGCCAAAGGAGUGCCAGGGCAACCUGCCAAGGUGGUGACCAUCCAGCUACAGGUUCAGCAGCCGGGACAGCAACAGCAACCCAGCGGCCAGCUGGGGACUCAGAAGAUCCAGCUCUUGCAACCAACCACAGCUGGCACCUCUGGCCAGCAGGCCCCUUUAAGCAUACCAGCAGUCCAACAAGGCCAAGUGGUUGGGGGCUCAGGUCAGAGGGUGACGGUCCCAGUGAAAGUCGUGCUGCAGCCACAGGCCAGCUCGUCCAAAGGCAGUACCUCGGGACUCUCGGUGGUGAAGGUGCUGAGCAGCAGCGAGGUGGCGGCCCUCCCAUCCUCCAGUGGUACAACACGGAGCAGCUCGGACGAAUCCCGCAAGCUGGAGCAUCAGAAGAAGCAGGAGAAGGCCAACCGGAUCGUGGCAGAGGCCAUCGCUCGGGCCCGAGCCAGGGGCGAGCAGAACAUCCCUCGGGUGCUGAAUGAGGACGAGCUUCCCUGUGUUCGGCCAGAAGAGACAGGAGAACGAAAGCGGUGCCGGAAGGGCGGGGGCGAGCGCAUCCCCAAAGAGGACAGGCCACGCAAGGGCAGAGGCCAGGGGGGAUCCGGCAAGAGCAAAGGCCGAGGGAAAACCAGCACGAUCACGCCAGUUGUGGGGAAGAAACGGAAACGGAAUACUUCUUCAGACAAUUCAGAUGCUGAGGUGAUGCCAGCCCAGUCUCCGCGUGAGGAGGAAGAGGCCAGCAUCCAGAAACGACGUUCAAACCGUCAGGUGAAGCGAAAGAAAUAUACAGAAGAUCUGGAUAUCAAGAUCACGGAUGAUGAAGAUGACGAGGAGCUGGACGUGACCGGCCCCAUUAAGACCGAACAGCCCCCAGCUCCAGAACCACUUGCUCCAGAACCUACCCCUGAAGGAGAGACAUUGCCAUCAAUGCAGUUCUUUGUGGAAAACCCGAGUGAAGAGGAUGCUGCCAUCGUAGACAAAGUCCUGUCCAUGCGUGUGGUGAAGAAGGAGCUACCCAACGGGCAGUUCACAGAAGCGAAAGAAUUCUUCGUGAAAUACAAAAACUACUCUUACUUGCAUUGUGAAUGGGCCACCAUUGCUCAACUGGAGAAGGACAAGAGGAUCCACCAGAAACUCAAACGGUUUAAGACCAAAAUGGCUCAGAUGAGGCACUUCUUCCAUGAGGAUGAGGAGCCUUUCAACCCAGACUAUGUGGAAGUUGACCGCAUCCUGGAUGAAUCGCACAGCAUUGACAAGGACAACGGGGAGCCGGUGAUCUAUUAUCUGGUAAAAUGGUGUUCACUCCCUUAUGAAGACAGCACGUGGGAACUGAAAGAAGACGUGGACGAAGGGAAGGUCCGAGAGUUCAAAUGCAUCCAGUCCAGGCACCCUGAGCUCAAACGGGUGGCUCGACCCCAGGCAGGUUCCUGGAAAAAGCUGGAACUUUCCCAUGAAUACAAGAACGGCAAUCAGUUGCGCGAAUAUCAGCUGGAAGGUGUAAACUGGUUGCUUUUCAACUGGUACAAUAGGCAAAAUUGCAUCCUGGCCGACGAAAUGGGGUUGGGUAAAACCAUCCAAUCCAUCGCCUUCUUGGAGGAAGUGUAUAACGUGGGAAUCCGGGGGCCCUUCCUGGUCAUCGCCCCUCUGUCCACCAUCACCAACUGGGAGCGGGAAUUCAACACCUGGACCGAGAUGAACACCAUCAUAUACCAUGGCAGCCUGGCAUCCCGCCAGAUGAUUCAACAAUACGAGAUGUACUGUAAGGAUUCCCGGGGUCGCCUGAUCCCAGGCGCAUACAAGUUUGAUGCCCUGAUCACCACCUUUGAGAUGAUCCUGUCGGACUGUCCUGAGCUGAGGGAGAUUGAGUGGCGUUGUGUGAUCAUUGAUGAAGCUCACCGCCUGAAGAACCGCAACUGCAAACUGCUGGACAGCCUCAAGCAUAUGGACCUGGAACACAAAGUGUUAUUGACGGGCACCCCUCUCCAGAACACCGUGGAAGAACUGUUCAGCCUCCUGCAUUUCCUUGAACCCUCCCAGUUCCCCUCUGAAUCGGAGUUCCUUAAGGACUUUGGGGACCUCAAAACUGAAGAGCAGGUGCAGAAACUGCAGGCGAUCUUGAAGCCCAUGAUGCUCCGGCGGCUGAAGGAGGAUGUUGAGAAGAAUUUGGCCCCCAAACAGGAAACUAUCAUUGAGGUGGAGCUGACCAACAUCCAGAAAAAGUACUACCGGGCCAUCCUAGAGAAGAACUUCAACUUCCUCUCCAAGGGGGCGGGGCACAGCAACAUGCCCAACCUUCUCAACACCAUGAUGGAGCUACGCAAGUGUUGCAACCACCCCUACCUCAUCAAUGGUGCCGAGGAGAAGAUCUUGACCGAGUUUCGGGAUUCCUGCCACCACCACGUGCCCCAUGACUUUCCCCUGCAGGCCAUGGUGCGUUCCUCUGGGAAAUUGGUGCUGAUGGAUAAACUGCUUCCUAAACUGAAAGCCGGAGGACACAAGGUGCUGAUUUUUUCCCAGAUGGUCCGUUGCCUCGACAUCCUGGAAGACUACCUCAUCCAAAAGAGGUAUCUCUACGAGCGUAUUGAUGGGCGGGUGCGUGGCAAUCUGCGUCAGGCCGCCAUUGACCGCUUUAGCAAGCCUGAUUUGGAUCGCUUUGUGUUCCUUCUCUGCACCCGGGCGGGAGGUCUCGGCAUCAACCUCACAGCUGCUGAUACCUGCAUAAUUUUUGACUCAGACUGGAAUCCUCAAAACGACUUGCAGGCACAAGCUCGCUGCCACCGCAUUGGACAGAGCAAGGCCGUGAAAGUUUACCGCCUCAUCACUCGGAAUUCCUACGAGCGGGAGAUGUUUGACAAAGCCAGUCUCAAGCUGGGGCUGGACAAAGCUGUCCUGCAGUCCAUGAGCGGACGAGAAGGGAGCAUCACUGGG